AUGGAGCCGUACAAGUACGUGUAUGUUGAGAAGGCAGUUAAUAGUAGAGCUCUAGCAAGGAAAGUACUGGAGACACGCAGUGCCUCUGAUGACGACAAAAUCACAGACCUUGAGAGCCAGCUCUCAUCAUCCAAAACUCUUCAGGAGGAGGCAGAUCACAAAUACGAUGAGUCCCAGCGUAAGCUUCAGAUGACAGAGCAACAGCUCGAGGUUGCUGAAGCCAAAAACACAGAAUUGGAAAGCAAAGUAUCAGGGCUUACUGAUGAGAUCACCACCUUGAGGAAUAACUGCAAAUCACUGGAAGCCCAGGAUCGUGAAUCAACAGAGCGGGAGGAGAAAUAUGAAUGUCAAAUCAAGUCAUUGAGGGACAGUUUGGAUGAGACCUCCAACCGUGCUGAGGGAGCUGAAGGCCAAGUCAAGUCUCUACAACAUCAAGUAGAUAAUCUUGAAGGUAAGACGGGUCUCUCUCCUAAUCCCACCUGAAAAUGGCCCUGUCAUAUCGUUCUGUGCAAGCCUUGCGGGUGAGUUAACCCACAAGUCACACGCAAGGUUUGCAUUGAACGGUGUGACAGUACUUUUGUAUUAUCAUUACUAUUAAUUUUUUCUCUAGACAGCACUAUCCUAUACAUAAUAUGCCACAUGUGGCAUUUCUCUAUUUUCCCCCAGAUUUUGUGUCAGUACCUAUGUUUCUCUUUAAUGGUAAUAGAGGCUGCCAUAAUGAUUAGUGAGUGGUUACAAUAAAAGCUGCCAUUCCUAUUGCAGUCAGACUAUUCAUUAAGUAGAGAUCACAGUCCUUUCUUUUUAAAAUCCUGUAUUAUGGCAUCCUCAUUUUAAAGAGAAAUAUUGUACUCAAGGAAACAUGUGGCAAGGGAAACUAGAGAAUACUGCAUACCUAGUUUAUUCCUAUUUCACUUUCAUUGACAUAGGUUUCCAAUUGUAUGAAAGCUGUAUGAUUAACGUCAAGAAAUUCAUUUGAAAUUCUUAGCUCUUUGUCUUCUGACACUUUGAUUUACCUUUCUUAUCUGAGAAGAGAAAUAAUUGGGAUGACUGGAGUUAGUUCUGUCAAAACCCUUUUAAAAUGAUAAAAAUUAAUUUUUGAAUGUCCAAUAAAUAUGCAUAGGGAUAGAUGGUCAAAUUGCUAUAGGGAAUAGUGCUGUCUAUUUCAGUUACCAGCAAUGGUAAUCUAAGGUGAAUAAGUGAUCUUUUUAUAAUAGACUUACAAAUUUAAUUCUAUUUUAUUUUAUUCUCAGCAUAUAAAACUGUUGGCCAUUGUAGGAAGGCACAAAUUAAAGCUCAAAUGAAAUCAGUAUAAAGCAGGAUAUUAUCGAUACAAUGUUCAGUAUGCAUUAGAACAAGAUCGAAGGGACUUUGUAGGUCAAAUUAUAUGGAAGCUUAGAAGAUAUAUGCACAAAAACCAGAUACCACAGAGAUUUAAGUGAAUUGCUUAUUGGUAUUUACAUGCAAAUUACAAACUUUCUCUCCCCAAUAAAUGAUCAAGACACUAAGUGAAUUCAAGCAUCUCAUUCUAAUACAUAAUUUAACCAUGAGAUACUGAGUGGAAGAAGCAUGUUCUGUUCCUUCAAUUUGCACUAACAUGCAUGAAAGUUAAAGCCGAAAGAGACUUUAAUCUCACAUUAUUCUCUCAUUUUCAAAUGCCUUGUAUUUCUGAAUAUAUAAUGGCGAUUCCAAGUCAAAGUGGUCAUUUUCCAAAAUCUUAUAUUGGCUUUAUUGCAAAUUUGGAUCAAUUUUUUAAAAAUUAAAACUCAUGUGGAAUUUCAUAAAUACAAAGGGGGGUCAAAUUAGCCUAUUAAAUCUGUCUUACGCAUCUCCUAAUAGGAGAAACCGCGCCACACAAAAAAUGUAUGUAUGGGACUACACACACAUAUAUAUAUUUGUAAACUUAAUUUCAAUGUAACAGACAACUAUUGAUUGCUUUCUAAAAAUUCUAGUUGGAUAAUCUGAGGGUCAUCAUUUUACAUCGUAUGAAAAGAAAAUAUGCAAAUAGAAAGUUGCGGGAAGGGUUAAAAAAAUGUCAAAUUUGUAGUGCUGGACAAAAUGUUUAAAUGCAACUGACUAGAGUUUAUCUAUCUACAAAAAAAAUUCAAAGAUGCUUACCAUAUUAAAAUGUUUUAUUUGAGACUUCCACAUGUAAGUAAUGUUCUACAGGUAAUGAUAUUGGUAAAAGCGUUUUUAUUUAAAAGAACUAUCAAAAAGUAAUCAGACACUUUUCUCCAUAUAAAAAUUAAACACACUUAACAAAUUUCCCAAAAUUGAAACUAUUUCAUUAUUUAGCUCUUGAGCAAUCUAAUGAAAAAAAUUGUUUUGAUGGUCUGAUUUUGAUAAGUUUGUUAAUAAAAUUAUGACAAGAAAGAACUAGCAAAUGUAAUAGUAAAACAAUACUGAUUUUACUUAUUACACUAAGUAGAAAUGGGAUUGGAUAAAAAAAAAUGGGUGAGGUUCUUUCAUUUUACCACUUACAUACAGUAUUGAAAAAAACUAUAUCCACAAGUGUUGUAAAAUAUAUACUAUACUGUCUCUACAUCUGGUCUUGUGACACAAUUGUACACGUAUGUGACAUAAAGAUAGCAUUCUAUCUCUCAAAAGCUGUGACAAAGUAAACUGCAUCACUCAACAAAAUAUAUUUUUAAUAGCCUAUACUUGCACAUGACAUUGGGACAGAGAGAGAAACAAAGAGGCACCUCCUUCAAUCCGUCCAUAGUAGCACUUGAAAUCAAAUUUCUCAUAAUCUGAUCAUGUGAUUGAAAUGGAAACAAAUCAGUGUACCAUCUUGUUAGAAUCAGAAGGGAAUUAGCUGGAUAUUAAACUGCUAUUAGCGUUGUGUCCUUCUUGCAUAUUCUUUUGAAGUAAAAUUAAUUGAAGUAUCGGUCUGGAUCUUAAGUGAUUAGAAUCAUAGUCAUUCACUCAUUUGCUAUGAUACGAUUACAUAUUCAGAAUCCAUUUCAUCUACGGUAAUUUGCUUUUUGAAAUCAUUGUAUCUUAUAAACUGUACAUUCAGUACAAGUUGAGCUAGUUUUCACUUGGAUUUAGGUUUUUUUUUUCAGGUCUGUCAGAUUAAUCACAUACAUAUAUUGAAAACGUUUAGUAAAC